CCGUACAAUAGGCACUGUCUAAAUUUGAUGGUAAACAAGUGAUAAUAACAUCGUACGUAAAAUUGUGAUACAAUUUUUCCCUAAUAACUUUAAUCGAAUUAAUAAUUGUUUCAAACGGUUUCCUUUGCGCAAUGAGCAGCGAUGAAAAGGAUAGCAGUGAUGAGCUGUGGGAGAGAAUGAAUCAGGAGAAAUUGAACAGCAAAACUAGUAUCGAAAAUGAAACAGAUCCUAGCCGGCGGAAGCUUAAAUCAUGGCUGAACAAUACUUUCCGCAUUAAAAUGACCGAUGGGAGAAUACUGAUCGGAAUGUUUGUUUGCACCGAUGCCGACGCGAAUGUGAUUCUUGGCCUGACAAGUGAAUUUACCGAAAACGGUGGCGAGGAGCGUGUUCUUGGGCUGGUCAUGAUACCUGGCCGAUAUAUAGUUUCGAUAGAGAUAGAUGAAGCGAAUCUGGUCAACAACAUGUCAUGUUUGUAACGAUUUUAUUAAGCUUAAUGACUGUACAUUUGUAGAUGAUUGAACUUCUAAAUACAAACAGUGGGAACACCGUAUUUCCUAACGCGAA